AUGCCAAUGGAGACACGGAAGAACAGGAGAGGACGUGAAGAACAUUUCGUCAGCGGUCGGCACUUAAACCUGAAUGAUUUGAAGCAGGAAGCUCAACAUUUGAGAAACCAGUACCUCUACAAAGAAAACAUCCCAAACUCACCAAAGCCGGAGUUCCAUGUGACUCGUCUGAAACACGACACAGAUCAAGAUGGAUUGAGGGGCAUCAGGAUGGACGAAGGCUUCAGGGUUCCACACGGAGGCUUGAAUGAUCCCCACAAAGGCGUCCUGUUGUGGUGGAGUCUGGCUGUGGGCCCUGAGGAGGUGAAGUCAGCUGAGACGAGGCUCCUGCAGCAGAAAUUCUCCAACCUCACAGAGGAUGAGGUCGCCAUGCAUCCCAGCUUCCUCUAUAAGUUUACCAGCUCUCCAGCCUUCUCAGAGAAGUCCAGGCUGGGUUCAUACCGCUUCACCUUCAACCUGAAGGACGUACUGGAGGCCUACAGCCAGCAGUUUUGCUCUGGAGAUCAGCCGGUCAUGAGGGUCUAUGAAACUGUCCUGUACAAAAUGGAAGUGCAGCAUACUGUGUUGGUCCACAGUCCAGUCAAUCAGGAGCUCUUCUCUGACUAUCCUCUGCUGACUGACGAUCUGAACGCCGUCUGUGUUUACAAAGACGGUCACUUCAUCUGGAGGCCGUACGCCAUGAGUGAGACUCACAGGUAUGAGUUGGUGGAGAGACCUGGAGAAAACCAGAUGGAUGCUCAGGAGUGGCAUCCUCCAGAGUUUUAUAUCUGGGAUAAUGUUGCCAUCGCCCUGCAUGUGGGCAAAGAGGUGCUGAAGUUCGAUGCUGAUAAGCUGAGAAAGAACCUCAAGUUCUGCCAGAAGGGCAAGCCAGUUAUCGGGACUUUUGAUAGUUUUGAGGACGCUGAAAACCAAGUUCAAGAUCUGUGGCCGGACUGUGACUCCCCACUGGACAAGGAGUGUUCACUGGAGCAGCAUUUCACAGGUGCUGGGAUUGGCCAGGUGUAAUCAUUGAGAUGUGGAGCACCUGGGCCCGCUGCUCCACCUCAGCUAUACUUCCUUCCUGUGAUCUGUCUGGGCUCUCUCUGCUCCUGGUUCCAGUCGCCUGAGCCACAUCCACAUUAUUUAGCUUCUUUUGUUAGUGCACCUUUCAACACCUUGCAUCACAUCACUUCCACACAGCCACAUACACACGACUGAUAUUACAGACUAGACACACUCCAUACUUACAGUUAUCCUUUGAUUAUUUUACUUUAAUUUGUAAUAAAUUGCUUGCUUUUAAGGAAACACAGGUUUUACUGACGGGAGUUAGUUUAAUUUCUAAGAAUCUAUAUUUACUCACAUUUUUGUCUGAGAAUCAGGACCUUAAUCUCUUAACCACCUUAAUUUGUAUUUGCACACUUUUUUGUUUUGCUAUUUAUUUUACACAUAAAACACUUUAUCAUUGGUACAUUCUUUACAUGGGACAGUGUUCUUAUUGUGUAUUUUUAUUUAUGGUGGUGGGACUCUUUCUGCUGUAACAACCAAACUAUUAUAACAUUGAGUACAGAUGUAUUUACAUACUUCUAUUUUGUCUACAAUUACAUUAAAAGUGUGGACAUUUUGCUUGAUU